AUGACACCCUCACUCAGCAUUCCAAAGACAUUUGCAAACAACUUUUGGGGCAAGGAAGAUGCCGGCUACAAUGUCCUCAUGCAUAAGAUGAACAUGGCGAAGAAGACGUGUGACGAUCUCAAGAGCUUUUACAAUACAAAGGCGUCGUUGCACGAAGAUCUCGCCAAAAAGCUACUCAAGCAAACCAAGACCGAGCUAGGGCGUGAGGAGACUGGUACACUGGGGAUGUUGCUAGCAUCGACACAAAAGCAAAUGGAAUCUUCCGCACAAGCACAUCAAGAAUUGGCUCGUAAAAUAAGGGUGGAAUUGGAGUUGCCUUUGGAUAAUUUUAUCCUUGAGCAAAAGGAUAAGCGCAAACUGUAUCAGACCAAUGUUGAUAAGGCGCAUCGUAACAAGAACCUGCAUGCAUCUCACGUGAACAAGGCCAAAGAAAAGUACGAAGCCGAAUGCGCCAAAAAGGUCAGCCUUGAACACCAAAUUGCAUCGGCCACGGGAUCCAAAGACAUGGAUCGACUCCAAUUCAAGGUAGAACGGAGCAAGAAUGAGAUUCGAACGCUAGGCAAGUACAUGUUAGGAUGCUACUACAAGGAAUACAAGGAUGCAUGUGCAAAGUUGACGGAUGCCACAGCAUUAUGGAAUCAUGAAUGGAAGAUUGCAUGUGAUCGUUUUCAAGAAAUGGAAGAGAAACGUGUCGAGUUUCUUCACCACAGCAUGUGUAUUUACAUCAACAUUCUAUCGACAACAUCAGGGCAAGAACAAGAAUCUUACGAGCAAUUUUGGAAAGCACUCGAUGUAUGUGAUCCAAAGACCGAUGUGGAAAAGUUCAUUGAUGAGAAGGGAACGGGCAAUAUGAUUCCAGAACCACCUGUGUAUGUCAAUUAUUUUGAUGAUCCUGCAAAGACGCUACCCCGCUAUCAAGUUGCUCAGUUUCCUACAGGCCAUGAUGAGAUCCUAUCCACUGCCCCUUUACCUCAGACCCCGGCAACUAUUUCAUCCAAGACGACAACGGCUCGACGAACAGCGAGUUAUUGUGAACCACGACGACGAUCGAGUCAGCAUCAACAAAGACAACAACAACAUCCAAAAGAAUUACCAAAGGCAGUGGAAGAACGCAAGGUGCAUUUGUAUGCAUCUGGCAGCUGUCGAGGGGAAUACAAAAAGCCUGCGCCUGCAAGUCGUAGUCAAGAUGUGGAUAACGUUGACGAUGAAUGUAUCGAUCCACGUGCACAAGUCGUCAUGGCGAUCGGCAAUAAUCGAUUUGAAGUGGAUCAUCAACAACCACCAGUAUCACAACAACAGCGACCCAAACCACGUCGACGGCGAACAAUGAGAACGAGCUUAGACAUGGAAGAGGCUUUCAAUGAUUCGAUUCGUGGAUUACUGCAAGAGUUGGGUGUGCAACGUAAACAAGCGACUACUACCAUUGAACAAGAAGAAUACCAUCAUCAUCAUCCACCAUCACAACAGCAGGAGCAGGAGCAACAAGUGAUAUGGGCACGUGCACUCUACGACUAUCACAGUGAUCAUCCUGAUGACUUGAGCAUUAAGCGUGGGACAUGGUUAGCCAUCGUUCAAAAUGACCACAAGGAUUGGUGGGUUGCCCACAAAUGGGAUGAAUCGAUUAAUGCGUUACAAGAUACAUGUGGAUACGUAGCUAGUAGCUUUGUACAAGUGGUGCCUUAA